AUGUCUACUCCCAACAUCUCCAUCAACUAUGACAUGUUUGUGUUGACUGGCAUCCCUGGCCUGAAAGAGAUGCAUGUGUGGAUCUCCAUCCCCUUCUGCCUGAUGUACCUGGUUGCUGUAUCAGGAAAUUUCAUUCUCAUCUUUGUGGUGGCUAUUGAGCACAGUUUCCAUGAACCCAUGUACCUCUUCCUGUCCAUGCUAGCAUUUUGGGACCUGAUCUUGUCCACUUCUACUGUGCCCAAGGCCCUGGCCAUCUUCUGGUUGGAAGACACAGACAUCUCCUUUGGGGGCUGUGUCACUCAGCUCUUCUUCAUGCACUUUGCCUUUGUGGUGGAAUCAGGGAUCCUCUUGGCCAUGGCCUUUGACCGCUACGUGGCCAUCUGCUAUCCACUGCAGUACACCACCAUCCUCAACCACAGUGCCAUUGGCAAAAUUGGGGGAAUUGUAGUGUUCAGAAGCUUUGCUACUAUUUUCCCCAUUGUCUUCCUGCUGAAACGCCUGCCUUUCUGCCGAACCAACAUCAUUUCCCACACAUUCUGUGAGCACAUGGGCCUGGCCAAGCUGGCCUGUGCAGAUAUCACCAUCAAUAUCUGGUAUGGAAUCUCUGUACCCUUGCUCAGUGUCAUGCUUGACAUGGUGGUCAUUGUCAUUUCCUAUAUUCUCAUCCUCCAGGCAGUCUUCAGGUUACCUUCUCGAGAUGCCCGACUCAAGACCCUUAGCACCUGUGGCUCCCAUGUCUGUGUCAUCCUCAUGUUCUAUCUGCCAGGUAUUUUCACUGUCAUCGCUGAGCGCUUUGGCCGGAAAAUCCCAAGGCAUGUCCAUAUCCUGCUGGCCAAUCUCUAUGUGCUUGUGCCCCCCAUGAUGAAUCCAGUUAUUUAUGGGGUGAAAACCAAGCAGAUCAGGGAGCGAGUGAGCCUCUUGUUUUCACCAAAGGGGAAAUGCUGUUGA